AAUAAAACCGUACCCGGAAACUGAUUGAGGAAACUACACACUCAGUGCUAGGGAUGAUACUUACUUCUUAGGUUACUUGGACAGUUAUACUUAUAAAUAUACCGGUAUUUAACACAAGUAUAUAAUCAAAAUGGUAUGAUACAGUAGCUACAGAUUCCAUUUUGCAAAGACAAUCUAUUAUCUCCAUAAUGGCAUGGCGAUUUAAGACUUCAAAGUAUAAAAAUGCUGCUCCAAAGGUUAUUAAAAGAGAGGAAUGGAUCCAGGAAGGAAUUUCAGCAGGGAAUUUAAUGCAAUGCAGUGGAAACCAUAUCAAGGCUGGAUGUAUCUAUAUGACAUUUAAUGUGGACUCAUCAGGGGGAGGUAACCUUGGCGUGUUGCCUGUAAGUAGCACUGGGAGGCUUGUGAAUGGUUUGCCGUUGUUGCCAGCUCAUGGUGAUUUUGUAUCUGAUUUUGAGUUCUCUCCCUUUGAUGACUACCUUUUGGCCACUGGAUCAGCUGAUAACUCUGUAAAGGUUUGGUUAUUACCAGAAGAGGACAACCUCAGUGAGUUGUCUAACUUGAAUCCAGUGGUAGCUGUUCCCAAGCAGAAUCAUAAGAUAGAAAAUGUGACGUGGAAUCCGAUGGCAGAGGGAGUGUUAACUUUCACCUGCAACGAUUGUGUUGUCUUGUAUGAUGUUACUUCUCAGGAGCAAAAAAUUUCAAUAAACAAUCACAAAGAUCAGAUCCAGAGUAUUAGCUGGAGAGACAAUGGUCAAGUGUUUGUGACAUCAUGUAAGGAUAAACGCCUGAGAAUUAUUGACCCAAGGACCAGUUCCGUUGUACAGGAAACCCAGGGACAUGAUAACAUACGAGAUUCCCGUGCUUUGUGGCUAGGCGACAAAGACAUGCUUUGUACGACAGGCUUUAGUAGGUCCAGAGAAAGAGAAGUUAAAGUAUGGGAUUGUAGGAAUUUCACCUCGUCUGUAUCCACACUUGGAAUUGAUUCAAAUACUGGAACACUCAUUCCAUUGUAUGAUGCUGAUACUGGUAUGCUUUUCUUGACUGGAAAGGGUGAUAGCAAUAUUAGAUAUUAUGAGAUGUCAGAAAAGGAUUCCACUUUGACAGAGAACAAUAUUAGCAGGACAGAGCAGGUGAAGGGUGUUGGCAUGGUGCCAAAGAGAGCCCUGAACGUAAUGGAGGGGGAGGUGGACCGGCUCCUGUUACUGACCAAGCAGGCCAUUAUCCCAAUACCUUAUAUUGUUCCCAGAAAGAACUACUUGGAGUUCCAUGAUGAUUUAUUUCCUGACACAGCAUCAGAUGAGCCUGGUUUGAGUGCUACGGCUUGGUUCUCUGGAGCCAAUGGCCAGAGAAAGUUAGUAAGUUUAAAUCCACAAAGAAAGACUGCCAUUGGAAGUAGGCGGGGCUUGGGUCUUCAGCCUGGUGAGGUGAAAGAAGCAGGGGGCGGCACCAGUGCUGAUGUACCAGUAACUAAUAAAACACAGCCAGAAACCUCACAGGUAACGAACCCUUCAUCACCACCAGCCAGUGUUCCAAAUGCCAGUCCCAGCGCAACCAGUCAGAGCCCAGUUCACAAUCGAACGGACGAAGAAAAGGCAGCGGAGGCCAUCAGUGAUGACGUCACAGAUGAAGACAAAGCAGAGGCAGAACAGAGAGAGGAAGUGCAGAAAAAAGUCUCAGCCAGAAUUUUCUCAGGUGUAAGGCAGUGUAAAUUUAAGCAUUGGAAAUGCAAGACCCUUCACCGCAGCACCCACAUUGAAAACAUUAGGAGGCUAGACAGGACUGUCCCUGGGGAGAGCAAUUUCUUUGUGGCCAACAAAAAGAGAUGUGUGGUCCCCAUCGAGGGAUCAGGCGGACUUCUCUCUGUAUUUGAGUUAGAUAAACCAGGAAAACUCCAAGACGCAGGACUGCCAGUCCUGCAGCAUCAAAGCAAAGCGACAGACUAUGCCUGGGACCCAUUCAAUGACAACAGGCUUGUAGUAGCCUGCGAUGAUGCCAAAAUAUGGGUGUGGGACAUCCCUGAGGGAGGAUUGACUGAGACCCUCACAGAACCCAGGGGAACCUUACGGGGGCACAUGGAGAAGAUUUACUUUGUGAUCUUCCACCCCUUGGCCAGAGACAUCAUUGUCACAUCAGCUUAUGACUUCACCGUCAGAAUCUGGGACCUGUCCGAGAUGAAGGAAGUUCUUCAGCUCUUUGUUCAUCCUGAUCAGGUUUUUUGUGCAGCUUGGAGCCCAGAUGGAAAGUAUUUGUGUACAGUAUGUAAGGAUGGGAAAGUCAGAAUCUUCAAUCCUAGAAAAUCGCCAAAUCCAGUAAUGGAAGGGCCAGGACCUGAGGGAUCACGAGGGGCCAGGGCUGUCUUUGUAUUGGAAGGAAAUUACUUGUUCAUCAGUGGAUUCGAUAAACAGAGUAAGAGAAUGGUGUUUAUGUACGAUACCGGAGACCUCAGCAAGCCUCUGUACGAAGACUCCAUAGACGAAUGCCCCGCAAUACUCGUCCCUUACUACGACGAGGACAGCAAUACAGUAUUUCUUUCUGGAAGGGGUGAUGGUCAAAUGUAUGCAUAUGAAGUAGCAACAGAGGAGCCAUAUUUGUUUCCCUUAGCAACAACUAAAUUUCCCACAGCAAGCCAAGCUUUUUCUUUCCUACCCAAGUAUCUGUGUAAUGUGAAGGAGGUGGAGUUUGCCAAGGCCUACAGACUGACCCAGACCUCUGUAGAACCUGUGUCAUUCACUGUCCCCCGUGUGAGGUUGGAGUACUUCCAAGACGACCUGUUCCCUGAGACCAGGGUGACCUGGGAGCCUACAAUGACCAGUAAGGACUGGCUGGCUGGCAGCAACCGACAGCCCCGUACCCUCAGUCUGCAACCCAAGGACAUGACUCUAUUGAGUCAGGCACCAAAAGAAACGCCCAAAGUGAGAAAGUUUGAGAGCUACAAUGCUGACACAUAUAAAACAGAUGAACAGAAAAAAGAAGAGUUGAUGAGUGCUAUGACCAACAAAUUGUCUAAACAAGAAGCCCCUCUUCCCCAAGAUUUAGCAGAAGGAGUGGAUGAAGAUGAAUGGGAUGACUAAUAAGGAGGAUAAUAAUAUAUCAAAAAAACUUUCUGAUGUAAUCAGUCUCCAUUCCAUUUCGCCAUACAUACCAAGUGCUCUUUUUUUUCAGAACUGUUUUAAUGACCUAGAUCCUACCAAAAAACUUACCAUUAAUAUAUCUAAUAUGGAUACUAUGCACUUAUAUUUUAAUGAAUUUGUACAUGUAUGAUAUUUGCAUUACAUCAAUGGAUAUGCAUUGUCAUAGAGACCAACUGUUAUUUAUUAAAUCACUUUAAAAUGGAUUCUUG